AUGGCUGAGAUCAUCUCUCCGAGUACCCAAGGGGAACCAAUUGACCUCACAACCCCGAACACCCAAUUGGAAAGUCCACAGCAGCAUACUCACUCCCAACAGGAAAACGACACAGAAACCUCAGACCACACAAGAGCAACAAGCCCCCACUCAAUCGUCAGCGACAUAUCCAAUCCCUCCCAAUAUCGACCCCGAGGCGUGAAAAAGAUAAUCUCCCAAGGCCACUGCCUAAUCGGUCUGCUGGACGACAAAUCUGUUCUCAAAUACGCCAGCGACCCAAACAACAAAGAAUACCAAAAAAGCAUCAGAGUAGAAUCCGCCUUGCUGCAGCUCCUCGGACCACACCCGCACAUCAUCGAAUGGCAAGGCCUCUACGAAGAAGCCCUCAAGCUCAAAUUCUACCCCCAAGGCACCCUCCGCAAAUACCUCACGAUGAACCCGCACGUCGAAAUCAGAAAAAGACUCAAAUGGUGCAGGCAGCUCGCUGAAACAAUCGAGUUUGUACAUUCAAAACGUGUCAUCCACUGCGAUAUCUGUCUCCAUAAUGUCCUGCUGGACGAUGAUCUGAAUGUCGUGCUUGCUGAUUUCCAGGGCGUUUUCAAAUCAAUUACCGGGGCUGCGCUGCUCGAUGGGUUAACGCGUGAAUGUUCAAAGGCUUAUAUGCCAAGGUCAGAUAUUCACUAUGCGAGUACGGGUAGCGAUUUGUUUGCGCUUGGUUCGGCGAUUUAUCAUAUUAUGGUGGGUCAUGAGGUGUUUCCGGAGCUGAGCAGUCUUAGAGAUGCGGAGGAGAUCAACCGUAGGUUUGAGAGUCAGCUUUUUCCAGGUGAUAAUUAUGUGGCUAGCCAUAUUGUGGAGAAAUGCUGGAAAGGGGAGUAUAGGGUUGCGGCUGAGAUUACCGCUGAACUUGAUGAUCUGGAAUUACUGGCUCAGGCUGUAGAAGCGGAGGGAGCCUUUGGAGUUGGGUAG